AUGAGAAGACAACUUAAUUCUAAAGUCACCAUUCCUAACAUGCUUAAAACCGAGUCACAAGAACUUGUAGAUGAACCACAUAAAAUCGCGUCAAAAAAAAAAAUGUUUGCCGAUCAGUUCGUUAAUAGCUAUGUAAGAGAACCAGAUGGACCAAUUCCCUCCAUAAACAUGCCAGUGGUAACAAACUCAAUUGAUGACGUAAAAUUUACAACCAAAAUCGUACUAAAGACCUUGUUAACCUUUGAUGAUGCUACUGCUACUGGUCCUGAUAGAAUACCAUCUAUAUUACUAAAGCGGUGCUCAUCAUUGCUUGCCGAAUAUAUAUCAAGCAUUAUGAACAAAUCCAUGGAGGAUGGACGCUUACCCGCUGAUUGGAAGAAAGCUACAGUCGUACCUAUUUAUAAAAACGGCGAUAAGAUGAGACCUAGUAAUUACAGACCAAUAAGUUUGACAAGUAUCCUCUGUAAAGCCAUGGAAAAGAUCAUAACUGAAAGAUUAAGAGAAUUCCUAUUACAAGAACAACUGAUUUUAGAUGAACAGCACGGGUUUGUACCAAAGCGAUCAAUCAUUACAAAUAUGUUACAAUGUGUUAAUGAAUGGGUCUCAAACCAUGACAAUGGAUUACCUACAGAUGUGAUAUAUCUUGACUAUGAAAAAGCUUUUGACCGUGUGCCAUUAAGGCGACUUAUAUGCAAAUUAAAACACUUUGGUAUACGCGGGAAAUUGUUGGCCUGGAUAAGUGAUUUCCUGUCAGACAGAACAUUCUGCGUGAGAGUUGGAAGGGAAAGUGGAAGUAAAUGGCUAUGCCCAGAGUGCACGAGCAUUAUCCCUAAAGGUGGUAAUUUGAACACGCCAGUACGAGGACCCAAGCAAGUGAAUAAGGAACCAGUUACACCUAGCUACGUCAAUAUCAAGCGAGGUGGCGGCGGCGGUCCGACUACCGUUGAUUCUAUAGUAGUAGAAAAUGAGAUACUGAAAGAGUUAAGAGCGUUGAGAUAUGAUUUUAAUUGUCGACUAGAUAGACAAGCAAAGGAGUACGACCUACUUCAAAAGAGAUUUGUUGUUACGGAAAACGAAUUACAAAAAGUACAAAAGAUUUUGGAGGUAGUUCAAGAAAAAGUAAAUAAAAUAGAUCUUUUAGAGGCUAAUAUUAAAAUAUUAGAAAAGAAAAAGGAAGAACUAGAAUCAAUUUGUAAUAUGGAGAAAAGUCAGCAGUCAGCAGUCCAGCAGCCGGAAAAGUCAGUUUUAACGUUUGCAAAUGUUGCAAAGAAACAAACUCAAAAGAAGGCAGCGGAUAAUAAAAGUGUGGCCAUGAAACCCACGGAGCCGAUUGUGCACAAACAAUGUAUUGUGAUAGAUUCACAAAAUGAUCUAACGGAUAUUACUAUUCAAAAAGAAAAUAAAAUGGAAACUACGGAAAAAAGGCUUCCUCAUAUUUCUGAGAUUAAAACAAGGCUUGGCAAGGCCAUUGCAUUUUCCUUACCAGAAGAAUGUCGUCGACCGGAGCAUAAAAUUGAAAUUUUUAUGCAAAUGCUGUACUGA